AUGCAAACGCAACAGAACAGAAGCAAACAGCCACCAACCAGCUUCCACCCCUCCAAUCCGACCAUGGACCGAAACCCGAGCUCCAGAUAUGGCAACCCACUGACAUUCAACGUCGCCGUCAUGUUCCUCUUCUACAUCCUCAGCGUCAGCCUAUGCCUAUCAAGCUUCUCGACUUGCAUCUGCGUCAUCUUCAACCCCGUCGGUACCAUCCGCACCAUCACCAAUUAUCUCUUCUAUGCCCUUGGCUUGAGCAUCUUGUUGACUCUUCUGUUCGUCGCUCUGACUGGGGUCUGCUUCGACAACGAAGCCUCGCCAGAGUCACGGAGCAUCCAGGAAAUCGUCGGUGAGACGCUGGUUCCGGAAGAGGUACCAGCCUCACAGGAUGUUUCCGAUGCCGCGCCCAUUCAAGAGGCACAUCACGAGGUGUCUGCACCACAGCAGACCGUCGAUGCCACACCCAUCCAAGAGGCACACCGCGAAGGCUCAGCACCACAGGGGGUCCUCGAAACCACGCUGACUCAGAAAGCAUACCGUGAGGUCUCGGUUCAGCCUACGCCCCGCCUUUCUGACUGUGCAGCUCUACUUGCGCACCAAGCCGAGUGUGAACGGCUGAGACGUGCCCUUCGACCUCCUUUCAUUGAGGCGCAAGCGACGGCAAUACACCGUCUGACUGACGCUGAUACGUGCGUCGCCAACCCCGCUGCUCGCGACGAUGGGGCUCCUCCUUUCACGUCUGCAGCUAGUACUUCGCGGCAAACGGCCUUGGAAGACGAUCAUGAGAAGGGGCAAAUCGCUAUCGCGAAGACCGUGGACGGGGUCCCUCGCUUCUGUGAGGAAAUAUUAGCUUCACCAGAGGAGAUGAGCGAUGCAGGUGAGCAGAAUGAGAACGCGCUCAAGGCAAGAGCUGUUAACCACACCGAGGCAGCUGGCCAAACCAAAGCCGCCGACAACGUCAUCACCGCUCGCGAGUCUAAGAAGAUCGAAAAAUGGAUAAGCCAGACCAACUUGGCUAACACUCACACAGUCAAAGCCUGCUGUGGCACGCUGAAGGGAGUCGAUGCCAAUGACGUGGACAUCGAUGAGGAAAUACCUGAGAUCAUGGUGUGGAGAUGUAACGAUGGCGGCGCUCUGUCAGACACCCGGAGCCUGAGUCAAGACUCAAGUUUUCAGAAGGCGCUACGCGGGUACAUGGGAAAGAGACUGGAUCAUGGAGGGAGGCAGAGCAGAUCGGGCAAUUCUACCCCGAGCUUGGGAUUGAGUGCGGAAUCUGAGUUUCAAGGCUGGGUUCGCGAGAUGUUCACGCUAGAAAAGGUUGGGAAGAGAAAGGCCGGGGAGAAGAGGAGAGCGCGUAGUGCCUAG